UUUGUCCAAUAAGCAGCGGGGAUCAGGCUCCUGCAGGCGGGGCUGAGCUGCAGGAGGAGCCGCUCACCAAUCAGGACCCGGAGGUCUGAAGCAGCGUCACAGUUCCGCAGCAGCUCCGACACUUUAAGAGCAGCGUUUCCCCGCUUUUCAACACUAUUUUCUCCUGAUCAGAGAAACGAGAAGCAAUGGCAAGAACUAAGCAGACCGCUCGUAAAUCCACCGGAGGUAAAGCUCCCAGGAAGCAGCUGGCCACCAAGGCUGCCCGUAAGAGCGCCCCGGCCACCGGCGGAGUGAAGAAGCCUCAUCGUUACAGGCCCGGUACCGUGGCUCUCAGAGAGAUCCGUCGUUACCAGAAAUCCACCGAGCUGCUGAUCCGCAAGCUGCCCUUCCAGCGUCUGGUCAGAGAAAUCGCUCAGGACUUCAAGACCGAUCUGCGCUUCCAGAGCUCCGCCGUCAUGGCUCUGCAGGAGGCCAGCGAGGCUUAUCUGGUCGGCCUGUUCGAGGACACCAACCUGUGCGCCAUCCACGCCAAGAGGGUCACCAUCAUGCCCAAAGACAUCCAGCUGGCCCGCCGUAUCCGCGGAGAGAGAGCUUAA